AUGGCAAAAAUCUGGCGCAGGGAGCGCCUGGCACUGGGCCCCCGCGAUUGUCAAAACCUUGGAGAGAUUGUGGUUUUUGACCACAGCGAUGUGGAGGCAGCAGACCCCUUUGACCCGCCUAAAGAGGAAGCUCGGAAGGAAGCGCAGGCUGCAGCUCAUGGGGAAGAGGGCAGCUUCGAAGCCAAAGCGGCAGCCCGACUCGCUGAAGCACUGCAAGACGGGCAGGCUGGCCGAACUCUUGGAGAGGCGCUGGCAGCGUCAUUCCUAAAGGUGUGGGGCAACACUCCAGAAUCUGCGCAGCGCUUGCGUGCUUUGGCCGGGCUCUUUGGUGAUUUGCUUUGGCCGCUCUUUGUUUCACUUAGACUUGGACGAGCCUUCCUAUUGACUCAUUGA